GUAGCAUGAGAUUAAUGCACCUCUAAAAAAAACAAAAACAAAUCCCUCCGCUCAUGCAUCGCACGCGGCAGUAGUCGUGGCCAAAUCCAAACCCCUCUUUUUGCAUACUGACUUCCGCCCCGCUCGUGCUUUCCCUCCCUCUGCAUCGGCCGGCGAGCAGCUGAUAUGACAGGAGGAUACAGUAUCACACUGAGCCGUGAAAAGCUGACUUAAAAACUUCAUUUAGAAAGUAGGCGGAUGUCGCACGCGGUUGAUAUAGGUCGGAUACGGAUUAGGGGAAACGGACGAAGAAGUAGCGAAUGUAUUUUUUGAUGCGAUGGGAUUUGCUACUUUCGUGUGAAGAGGCGGACCUAUGAGACGCUGCGAGUUCAAUAUGCUGAAGCUGUCCCCGGUGUUUGUAUACUGUACGUGGAAGUACAGAGACUAUUUUCUUCAAACUCACAGGUUUACGUAAAAGGAUUUUUUAUACAGCACUUGAUAAUAUUUAAAGCUGCCGGAUAUCCUCGGUAGAAAAGUACCAAAAACUACCAAUUUGGUGUGUUUUUGUUUUGGACAGGGAAUUCCUUCAGAGGCUUGCAUGUGCUUUGCUUUUUUUUUGUGUGUGUGUGUUAGCUAAUAUAUCUUUUUUUUAAUUCAUACAAUUAGACAUGGGGGACUGGCUUGUCGUUGCUCACAGCAGUCACCCCUCUGAAACAGCCAUUAAACCCAUUGGAGACUAUUAGUCUUAUUUGGGGGGGGGGGGGGGGUCUAAUUUCAAAGUCGGUGACCCACGAUGAACUAUUAUCUUGUAGGUUAUUUUUUACGGUUUUGUUACAGCUAUGACUGCUCCUGUUUUAGCUGUUAGCCGGUAGCAAACUGCGUUUUUUAUUUUAAUUUAAGUUGGUGCAUUUUCCAGGUGUCUCUUUUAAUUGUGACACCCCAUAUUUCUUCUGCUUAAAAAGACUGUUUUUUUUUUUUUUUUUUUUUUUUGGGACUGGCUAUUGCUCUGCUUUCCAGUCUGACAUUUUUUUUCGGGAUUGCCCCAGUCAUCCCCACUCCCAGUCCCACGGAUUUUUUUCCCUUACCUCAUUUUUCAACCAUGAGUUACAUCCACAAGGUAUUGAAUGUAUUUCUACGGGGGCUCGUCAUCUAUGCGGUACUGGGCUUGGAGUGCACUUACUCGAAUGAUCUACCCAGCCACUCGUCUGAUGCUGCAAAUGUAGCCACCACAGACCCCUGUCUCAUAGUGAUGCCGCCAUGCAUAGGCGACACGGACCGCUUCAGUCUGGAGGCGCUGCGGCACAUCCACAAACAGCUGGACGACGACAAUGACGGGGGAAUAGAGGUCAACGAGAGCGUGGAGUUUAUAAUAGAAGACAUGAAGCAGCAGCAUACCAACAAACACAGCAACCUGCACCGUGAAGACCAGCACAUCACCGUGGAGGAGCUGUGGAAGGGCUGGAAGACCUCCGAAGUCCACAACUGGACCGUGGAUCACACGGUGCAGUGGCUUCACGAGUCUGUGGAGCUGCCGCAGUACGAGAGGAACUUCCGGGAAUCCGGGGUGACGGGUAACACUUUGCCUCGAAUAGCGGCAAAUGAACCGUCGUUUAUGUCGAUGCAGCUGAAGAUAUUAGACCAGCGGCAUAAACAAAAACUAAACCUAAAGGCACUAGAUGCAGUGCUUUUUGGCCCUCCGCUCCGUCCGCAACAUAACUGGUUGAAAGACUUUGUCCUGAUGGUUUCCAUAGUGAUUGGAGUCGGGGGCUGCUGGUUCGCCUAUGUGCAGAACAAGUCGAGCAAGGUGCACAUCUCUCAGAUGAUGAAGGAUCUGGAGAGCCUGCAGAAUGCUGAGCAAAGCCUCAUGGACCUGCAGAGCCGGCUUGAAAAGGCGCAGGAGGAGAACCGCACGGUGGCCGUGGAGAAGCAGAACCUCGAGCAGAAGAUGAGGGACGAGAUCAACGGCGCCAAAACGGAGGCUCACCGGCUCCGAGAGCUGCGAGAGGGCGCUGAAUGCGAACUCAGCCGCCUCAAAUACGCCGAGGAAGAGUUAGUACAGGUGCGAAAGGCCCUGAAGCGAGCGGAGAAGGAGAUGCAGUCGGAGCGGUCGGUGCCCGAAGCGCUGCAGAAGUGGCUCCAGCUCACGCACGAGGUGGAGGUUCAAUACUACAACAUCAAGAAACAGAAUGCAGAGUUCCAGCUGUGCGUCGCCAAAGACGAGGCAGAGAAAAUAAAGAAGAAAAGAGGUUCUGUGUUUGGAACCCUUCAUGUAGCCCACAGUUCAUCACUGGAUGAGGUGGACCACAAGAUACUAGAAGCAAAGAAAGCCCUGUCAGAGGUGACGGCGUGCCUGAGGGAGCGGCUGCACCGCUGGCAGCAGAUCGAGAAGCUUUGCAACUUCCCCGUCGUCAAUAACUCGGGGCUGCCGAGCCUGACGGCGAGCCUCUACUCCGACCACAGCUGGGUGAUGAUGCCGCGAGUCUCGGUGCCUCCCUACCCCAUCGCGGGAGGAGUGGACGACCUGGACGAGGACACGCCUCCCAUCAUUCCGCAGUUCACAACGGCCACGUUGAUCCGGCCCUCGCUGACCCGCAGCAGCAGCAGCCUGUGUCGUUCCCGCCGGAGCCUGCUGAGCUCUCCACAGUCCUCGCUGAUGUCCCCAGACCCCGACCUGCUCUCCAUGGCCAGCUCGUCCCUCUCCUAUCGACCCGAGGCAGACGACGAACAUAUCAUGUUCAGCUCGGAUAGGAGGGGGUAUGUAGCGGUGGCCGGGACGCCGAGGAACGGUUUUACAGUUUGGACUCACAGGGAUCCGGCUCAGGAGUGUGGCUCCGACACAGACUCUCUCAACUCUUCAAUGGGCCGCAAGCAGCUGCACAACCACUGCACACCGGGCUCGGACACCCCGUACCGCAAGAUCUCCCGUGAGGAGCUGCUGCUGUUCAGCCAGAGAGAGAGUAUGGAGCUUCCCGUGUCCUCCUCUACCACCAGCAGCAGUCUCAGGGACUCCACACCUCCUCCUCUGCCUCCGACUCCAGCAACCACCCCGUCCGGCCCGCCCUCCACCUCGCCUUCCCCGGCCUUGGAGCACCACCCAUUUGCACACAGAGGCUCGCCCGACCUCACCCGCAUCAUACCCGAGUCCCAAAGUGCAACCUUCUCACAGGGGAACGUCACCUCUCCAACGGGCAAGGGCAUGUACAACGGCAUCCUGGAGAAGUCCUACAGCUACAGCCAGCUGCCCGCGAGCAUGCUGCCCAACGUGGGGCGGUACCCGUCUCUCACCUCCCUGGACUCGGAGGGCCAGAGCGUGGGAAGGGAAUACAAGCUCCAGAGCACCUCCUCCCAGGACUCCAGCGACAAUGGAGAGAAAAUCAAGCGCUCCUCGUCUAAAAUCAAAAGCUUAUUUAAGAAGAAAAAAUAAAACUUGCAGAGGGAUAUAGUGUGUGUGUGUGAAGAGAGAAAACAAAUAUAAAGAGUUGUUUUAGCCCUAAUAAAAAAAAAAAAAUGGACAUCACUGUAAGCUAAAACAUCGUUUCCUCUCGUAAAUUCUUCUUUUUGUCGUCAAAGAUGGAAUGUAGCUCAGUCUGGGUGCCUUUAAACGCCUCAGAUUGGUAGCCUUAUUUUUCAAUAAUGCCUUUUUAAUUUAGUUCACUCAUCGCCUCACGAGGGAAACCUGCAAAGGAGAAGUCAAUGAAAGGUCAAAGGUCACGGUAGUUGUUAUCCAGACAGCCAAAAGAAAAAAAACACGACCUGUUCACUGUCUUCUAUUCAUUUUUGGUUUGAACCAAAAAGUCACUAGGUGUGAGGGGUCUAAAGGUGUGAGGGGUCUAAAGGUGCAGUCCAUAAGUGUGUAUUGUGUUGCUGUUCCUACUGAAAGCAUUUAAAUCGCACUUUCAGCGGUGACGGCAUCACGUGCGUAUCACAUCAUUAAAACCACAAUUUUGAUCAUUUCUCUCUGAAGUCUCCUCCCCCUCCCCCUCCCCCUCCCCCGUUCAAAUCAUGGAUUGCAUCUUACGAAGUGUUUGAGUCCUAAACUCAAGUACUUGAUUAAUUUCCUCUGGGGAAGCAAAAUCCUGCUAAAGGUUUGUUGCACUACUGCUUUCCUGGUAUUUUUGGGAAAGAGCCGCUGCUUUGCGGAGUACAUAUUGAAUAAAAAAAAUAUAGAGAUGAGAGGAACUCAUGAGCAGUGGCAGUGGAGAGUACGUAGAGCCAAAUGAUCUGACGCUUCUUCAAUGCCACUGCUUAUGGAUGUCUCAAUAUAUAUAAAUAUAUAUAUAUAUACUUUGUUUUCACAUGAUUAAGUUCUUAUAGAUGUUUUUAAAUAGAUUUAUAUUGGUGGGGGUUCCUACUGUAUGAACUGAUCUUUUACUGAAGAAAGUUUAUUGAAUAUGCAGAUUUAACCCGCACCAGUCAUUUCCCCUGUUGUCUAGCUGUCCCUUAUUACUUGAUUAACCGUGUGCUGUAGCCAUACCAUUUACAUUCUUUGUCCACCCUGUCAAAUUUGGUAUCACUUCCCGGAUGUUAGGUCAAAUUGUCUGCGCAAAUAAUUAUUUUUGUGGUCGGAGUGCCAUAUUCAUACCGCAUUCAACGAUACACGAGUGCCAGGAAGUGACAAUGUGGCUUUACUAUCUUUGUUUCCAGAAAAAAAAAAAAAGACAAACACUAAGGAUUAUCUGUUCAAUAAUGGAACUAUUUGAUCCAGAUCCAGAUCCAGAUCCCCCCCCCCCACCACCACCACCACACACUAAGCUCGAAGCCGACCCAUGCAAUACGUUCCCGUUCCUCACCUCUGGGCCCGCACCGAGCGCACUGAUGUCAAGAGCUCCUGCUUCACACUGUGAUUUCUGCCUUCUUCCCCCUUCAUCAUCCUGGACCUGGCUGUCACUGCUGCAGUUUUAACAAGAUGGGGGGUCACGUGCCAACCGUGACACGAUGAAUGAAAUGUCAGGGGGUGAUGUCGUGCACGGGCUGUGUCUGGGUGACGCGAGGAUCCAGAGGCCUGGGUUUUUAGAGAAAAAGGAAAAGAAUAUAUAUUUAGGAGGUCGUGGCAAUGCAGCACACAAUGAAGGAAAUGGAAGACGGCGCUGCGAGACGAGGAUAUAUGAAUGUUUACCAGACAUUAGGGUUUUUUUGAGAACAUUUUGUGUGUGAAUAUUUGUAUACUGUAGAAGAAUUAAUAAAAAAAAAUGGAGGCAUUGGA